UGCAUGUGUGACUGGGGAGGGAGCAAGACUACACGAAGCUAAAGACGAGCUGGAACAGAGCUGGAACAGAGAGCUGGAACAGAGAGCUGAAACUUAGACCAACUUGAAGCUCGCUAUCGCGAAGAAACCGCACUCCGGGCUUGUGGAACAACCGCCCAGGCCACUCGCUCCAUUCGGGCUAGCCCACCAACCAGUGGUAUUGUGUGGAUCUCGACAGGACUCGUCAUCCAUUGGACUCAACGCCGCGGAGGGAGGGAGGGAGAGACAGAGAGAGAGAGGGAGGCGUGACUGGAGUCCUCUGUCCCGGCCAUUGCCAGUCUUCGCUGUUAGUAGCUCGAGUUGCUCCGCCUCCUGUCUGCACUCAUAUCCCACGCCAUAAUAAUAAUAAUAAUAAUAAUACCACUGUUUGAUUGACCACUAGAGAUCCCAAUGGAGGAGUUGCUCGAUUGAUGGUUUGAAUGCGUGAUUGGCUUUUUGGGCUGGCUUUUGGGUGUGCCCCCGCCGCUCGGGACUCAACUCCUUCUCCUUGGACUUCUCCUGGGCCAAGUUCCGGGUUUUGCCUCAAGACUGAUCAAUCCGUUUGUUGAUCGGACCCGCCAGAGGUGGGCCUGCCUCCGUCAGUCAACCGACAUCGGAUUGACAGACCAGACCGACUCGUGAUCGCCCUCCCGUUCUCGCCUUUGGGACAAUUCGCCCUUGGGAUCAAAGCUCUGGUUUUGGAAUUGGUCGGGCUUCGCAGAUUGGGCCCAUUGACCCACAUUGCUUUCCCGUCCAUCAUGUCCGACGGGGUGGAACCGUCGAGGAAUGGGGCGUCCCGUAGUGGUGCUCAGAACGGCAGUCACGGUCGUAGUGGGACGGGCCAUGCGGGCCGCCACUCUAAUAGCGGCCACGCCAAUGGCCAUCCUCACCUCAACCCCAACCUAACCAAUGCCCACAAGGGCUUGAUGAGCGGGGCCCCCGAGGGCUCGCUUUCCAUGAUGGGCAACGCGCCCCCGGCCAGUGGCUUCGGACCGGCCACUCCGGCCGGCGUGUCCAUGGCUUAUUCGUCGCAUCCUCACCCGACCACCCAGCCACCUCCGCAUCCCGAUUAUGGAUCGUCCUGGCGCAAUCCCAUGGCGGCGGCCUUAGGCGGCUCAUCUGGUGGCGCUGGUAGCUCGGCUGGAGGGCAACCUCAACCUGGCAUGGCUGCCACGGCUGAAGCCUUUAGCAACUACUACUUUUCUGGCGGAUACUCGCCAUUCUCGGGCGACAUUCGCGAUAGCAUUGCCGCCAUUUGGUCGCGGACCAGCCCCUCGGGUGAAGGCGUGGCGGCCGCUUAUUCAAGUGGCUAUGGACCAUUCCCCGAUACGUCCACGGGUCAGUUUGCGGCUAACGCCACACCCACGGGCCAAUUUGCCGCCAAUCUGACCGGUCAUUAUGCGCCCGGCUCGGAAAUGGGUAUGUUUGGCACGGGUCCGGAUUAUCCGCCCGCCGCCUACGGCCAACCGCAAUUUAACUACGGCCAGCAGUACUCUCAAUGGCCCGAAAGUGCGGGCCUGCCCAAUUCCAGUGCGAGUGGGGCAAUUGGGAGCGGGAAUAACGGGGGAAUGGGUGUUCGGAAUGGCUUGACCAAUCCCGGCGGUGCCUCCAGCUAUGGGAUCGGUUAUGGAGGUGAAGGAGCCUCCCGUGAAACGUCGAUGCGCCACUCCCGAGAGCGUGUUACGGACUUGUCUCAGGGCAUGGGAACUUUGAAGCUUACUUCCUCCUCGCGCCGAGGGACGGACAUGAACGGCCAUUCGGAGGCUGGAACAUCUCACAGCAAGAAAAUGUCGUGGGCUAGUGUGGCUUCACAACCGGCCAAGCCGCAGAGUAUUGCCCCCAAGACCAAGAAACCCGGGGUCCUCCCGCCUCCCACUCUUAUUCCUUCGGCGUCUAAGACCUUGCCCGUGGAAGUGUCCAAUUCAUCCCUGCCCCGCGACCUGUCUCCGCCAUUAGACAACAUAUCGGUGGUGCCACUCUCUGAGCCUGAUAUAGAUCGGCCUGAGUCUCUUCCAUCCACCAAACGUGAGAGUCGACAGCCUAACCAACCACUGCAUCUCCAACAGCAGCCGGAUCAUCCACAAGAGCACUAUCAGCCACGCAAUCAACAACAAUAUCAACCAGCACAACAUCAAUCCCAACAACAGCAGCCACAGCCGCACCAAUCGCUCCCACAUCAUCAACAUCAUCAACAACACCAACAACAUUACCACCCACAACAACAGGCACACCCACCCCACGACCCUCCUGGUCACCGGUCCGGCCACCAAUGAAGAAACACGGGCUCCCCAUCCCCGACCAUGCGAAAAUCUCUGGGCCACAACGGGGAUGGAAGACGAAUGAUCGAGCGUCACCCUUUUACACACUCGUCUUCAAGAGACAUGCACGACCCGCCUCGAGGAGGUUAUGCCGACAAGUCUGGAAGCAAUAGUGGCCCAAGGAACCAGAGGCAAUACUCGAACGUCAAUGGUUCAUCGGGUUCGAGUCACGAAUACAGAUCUGGAAACGGUAGAAGUGGUCAUCAUGGUGACUUCAAUAGUGGUGAGAAGAAACGAACUGAUAGAGUGGCAGAUUUUGGUGGUGGUAUUGCGCCUUCAAGUGGCAGUCAUGGGAGCCCCCCUUCCCUACAGGCUACCCAUCAUCCGAUCUUGGAGUCGCUUCAAUCACAAAACGAAUACAAUCCUAAGACCUUUGAUUUGAACCCAAAGAAUGCCAAGUUUUUUGUGAUUAAAAGCUUCAGUGAGGAUGACAUCCAUCGGAGCAUCAAGUAUGAGAUUUGGUGUUCGACGGAUCACGGAAACAAGCGUCUCGACGCUGGCUUCAAGGAAAGAAACGGAAAAGGGCCAGUGUUCCUGCUCUUCUCUGUGAAUGGCUCUGGACAUUUUUGCGGCAUGGCUGAAAUGUUGAGUGGUGUCGACUACAACGCCACGGGUAGCGUGUGGGUGCAAGACAAGUUUAAGGGACAGUUCAAGGUGAAAUGGAUUUAUGUGAAGGAUGUUCCAAAUGGUCAACUCAGGCACAUCCGACUCGAGAACAAUGAAAACAAGCCGGUUACCAACAGCAGGGAUACUCAAGAAGUGCCACCGGAUAAGGGAAAACAAGUGCUGAAGAUUAUUCACACGUAUAAGCAUCAAACCUCCAUUUUUGAUGAUUUCAUUCAUUAUGAAAAGCGACAAGAAGAUGAAGAAGGGAAGAAAAGUAUGAGUGCGGCGGCUCCUUUAAGUAGCCAUUCUGCUCAUAACAAGGAUGCAGGCAACGGAGGGAAUCAUCAUUCGCUUCAGCAUCCAUCGCGUGGUGGUAGUGGGGGUGCAGCAGGUGGAGCAGG